AUGCGAGCCGGCAUCCUCGUGCCGCCGCAAAACUUUGGCCUCGUCGAGGACGGCCUCUACCGCUCGGGGCAGCCGACUGAGCUAUCGUAUCCGUUUCUUGAGCAGCUGCAGCUGCGCACGAUCCUGCAUCUAAGCGCUGACGAGCCGCCCGCGGAGUUUGCGUCCUGGGCGAGCGAGCAGCGCAUUCAGCUGGUGCGGCUAGGCGCCGGCGCCGACGCCAACAUGCUCUCGCCGUGGAAGCCGGUCUCGGAGGAGGUCGUCGUCGAGGGGUUGCGUCGCGUGCUCGACCCGUCGUCGUACCCGCUGCUGGUGAUGUGCAACCUCGGCCGCCACCGCACCGGAACGCUCAUCGGCUGCCUCCGGAAGCUGCAGCGCUGGUCGCUGACGAGCGUCCUCGAGGAGUACCGCCGGCACGCGUGCGCAAAGUCGCGCCACCUCAACGAGCAGUUCAUCGAGCUCUUUGACAUCGACCUCGUGCGCGUCCCGGAGCACAGCCCGCCGCAGCUCCACCUGCAGGCGGAGCGGGGCAAGCCGGCGGGGUAG